AUGAGAGCGCGAAUAUUUCCUCCCGUGAGCUCGUCCUUAGCGCGAAGCGUUUCCUCAUACGUUCAGGUCAACAUCUAUGGAACAAAUCUGAAGAAACUUCGAGCUCAAGGAGUGGAUAUUAAACACAUCCUUCAAUUUGUCGGUUGUCGGUGCAUCAUCAUGGAUGUUCCUGUUUUUUCCAACGAGUUCAAAAAAUCAGGAGGAUGCGGUGGGAAACUGCUGAACAAAGCAAUCGGAACCUCUGCACUAGGCGAUCAAUCUUCGUGUCCAGAUGAGAUGGAUCCCUACUCAGAGAGCACUUCAGCUACUGUAACCGCACGAACUGCUCAUGUGAUUCCCUCAGAAAAACCUUGCGGUAAUGAACUGCUUGAGGAGAUACUUGCUGAGGAGUUCAUGGACUGCCAAUCUGGGUUCAACACCACUGUGAUUUCCGAGGAACACAUUGGUCCUCUCACUUCUACUCCUUUAGCUUUUAAAGAUGUUAAUUUCAGGACUAGCGUUAUAAUUGACGAUAGUUAUCUAUGCCCAGGAAAUGAUCUGGAAGAAGCGAUAUCCAAAAACACGAGAAACUCGAUCGGAAUAGCCGAGUUCUGUCAGGAAGAAUCUGUUAAUGCAAGGAAUGAAACAUCUGAAUAUCACAUUAAUGAGGCUGGGUUGACAGAGUCGUCAUUCGUGGCUUUUCGGUCUGCAGUUAUGGAGGGGAUGAGGGCUGAUGAUGACAGCAAGUGUCUAUUUGCUGAUAUUGCUACGAAGUACGGUGACCCAGAAAAGCUGCCGAAGCCAAACAUGUGUCCACCGCAGAACGACAGUCACUUAGAAAUUUACCAGUCCGAUAAGCAGUUCAGCGCUCUCCCAGAAGGAGUGGGUGAGACAGAUGCUGCGUUUGAACCACAGAAAAAAGUAGCCGUUCACAAAAAUCCUUUUCGAGCAAAGAAGGCCAAAUUAUCCAUUCCUCAGAUGAAGUUGACCCGAAAACUCAGCUCUUGCGAAGAAGUACUUGAAUCUUCUUCUGAGACAGAAGAAGAUACUAUGAGGGAUGAGCAUUCAAGUUGUACAGCAAAGCAAAUUGAUCUAGGGCGACCACAUUGUGAACGCAUCAAAGAGACGGCAAGUGAGCUACUGCGAAAUUGCAUUCAACGUCCAACGGCUAAGCCAGAGUCACCAAAAUCUAGUCGCAGCAUUCAGAAGCGUCAACAUGCGGGAAUUUCUAAAAAUCAGCAGAAUUUCAUAGGUGAUGUUGCGGACGAGCAAAGCAACCAGGUUGCUAAUCAAGAGCGCACUAUAAGACGUAAAUCAACAUCGAGGGCAAAAUAUAAAGGAGACGAAAUAGUAUUCCGAUGUCAUAUCCCGCUGUGUGAAAAAGAGUUGCUGUGGCGUCGACGCUACGGCAAAAAUCGUCUGGUAGACCAUGUUCGCACACACUGGGGAAAAGCAGUGAAACAGUGCAAAUUGUGUGACUUUAAGGCUUCGAAUUUCAGGAAGGUUCAUAAUCAUCACAGUAUGGUGCACUCAGAUCAGCCGUAUUCAGGAGCAUUAUCUAAUGAGACAAAGGAGGAUUUGGACGAAUUGCUCGAGUUAUGGAAACGAUGCUUCCCAGGUGAACAUGAUUAUCAAGAUCUCAAUUGGCCGCUGCAAGAUGUUCAAAAGUGCGGAAAGCAGCGAAUAGAUCUAAGAAGUCGCCGAGAACAAGUGUCUUAG